AUGGUGAAUCUGAGCUUUCAAAAAGUUUUUGAGAAGCUUGAAGAUUUGAAAAAUGGUGUGAUGCUUGCACCAAAAUUUGGGCCUUUCCAUGAUGAUUCUAUUGGAGAGGAAGAUGAAUAUGAUUUGACAGUAUCUGGAGAAAGAGAAGAUGAUGAAGACAUUGCUGAUGAAAAAGUGAUGCUUGCUCUUCAAUUGGAAAAGAGCCACCUUCAUUCGAAAAGAUCCUUUCCGACAAAGAGAAAAAGAAAUGAUCCUCAUACGCUUAGUCGUCUAAUCUAUUUGACUCUUUCAAAUGCAGCAAGUAGAUGGCUAAAAUCAAAAUGA